GUGACGUAUUCUAAUAUUGUUUACUCCGGACGCUACUAUUGGUUGGUUGCGGACUGUUGUUUGUAACAAAGAACUAUAGGAAGACAUGUGCAUACAAUAUAUUGGCUUGAUAUAAGGGUGGCCAUUUGCACGGUCUGACCAAAACUUUACUAACAACAUUUUUUAUAUAGUCACUGACAUUUGUUUGAAAUCGAUUCGCAGAAUACCAUGUCAGCAGCCAACGAUUUGAGUGCUGGGGACUGCGUUGACGCUAGGCGGGGCGAUGGACAAGAGUCAGAGGGCCCCUGUGGUGGCUCUGGGUCUAUGCAGGUGGAUGCCAAGCCUCAGUCCCAUAGCUUCAGGUACAGCCUCAGCUACCCCAGCAUUGGCCAGUGUAUCAUCAUUAACAACAAGAACUUUGACAGAAGAACAGGUAUGAAUGUACGCAAUGGCACAGAUGUGGAUGCAGGCAACGUGAUGAAGGUGUUUGGGAAACUGGGUUAUAAGGUGAAGGUUUACAAUGACCAGAAAGUGGACCAGAUCAAGCAUGUUUUAACCACAGCCUCCAAGGAGGACCACAGCUGCUCCGCUUCGUUCGUGUGUGUCCUGCUGAGUCACGGGGAUGAUGGCGUGUUCUUCGGGACGGAUGCCUCCAUCGAGCUCAAGAGCCUCACCAGCCUGUUCCGGGGCGACCGCUGCAACUCGCUGGUGGGCAAGCCCAAACUCUUCUUCAUCCAGGCUUGCAGAGGUACUGAUCUGGACGGGGGCAUCGAGGCAGACAGCAGUUCAGAUGGGAGUUCAACCAAGAUCCCUGUGGAAGCAGACUUCCUCUAUGCCUACUCCACAGCUCCAGGCUACUACUCAUGGAGAAACACUCAGACUGGCUCCUGGUUUAUCCAAUCUCUGUGUGAGAUGAUUGGCAAGUACAGCAAAGAGCUGGAGGUCCAACACAUCCUGACCCGGGUCAACCACAAGGUGGCGACAGAGUUUGAGUCUGCGUCAAACUCUCCCGGCUUCGAUGCCAAGAAGCAGAUCCCCUGCAUUGUAUCAAUGCUGACCAAAGAGAUGUACUUUACAUCCUGAACGGAGAAAGGUUUGAAGAAGCUCCUCAUUUGCCUGGUCCCAGAUUGGUUUUAGCUGUCUCGCCAACUCCUAUGGUCACACUCCUGGUACCAGCUUCUAUCUGAGUGAGGGCAAUAGAUGUGUGUUUGUUUUGGUUGUGGAUUGUAUUAGCUGAAUUUUUAACACCACUGCUCAAUCACUCUAGCUCAAGUUGGACUUGGUUUAAACUUGUAGGCUUAAGUAUCACAUUUUAUGUUGGAGGUUGAAACCUCUGUCAUGCUUUCAGCCUGAUGUCAAGAAGUUGACUCUUCUUCAGGGUAGGGGUCAGUUUACAUUUCAAUUCCAUCAACUGAGGAAGUGUGAAAUCCUAAUUGUAAAUGUUAAAUUUAGAAGACUUCCUAAAUGCACUGAUUGAUUUGAAAGUUGAAUUGACCCUAACCCUGUUUCUUACUGAAUGAUCCCUUGUGUGUAAAGUUUAACGGAGGAUGUGUAUAACGUUUUGGGAGUAGAUUGCAGGGGUAGUGUGUAGUAAUCAAAUCGUGGAUGUGCAACUCAUCUACAAGCACCAGCAUUUUUCCCUCAUUUUUCUUUAAACUUUUUAUUUGAUUAUUUUUACAAUGUCUAGAACCACACAUUUUGUUGGAUACUUGAAUGAGUAGUCGAAGUGCAUUUCUGAAGGGAUUAUGUUACAUUUGUCUUUUGUGUGGGUUUAAAUUGAUAUUUUUUUAAUUGCCAGAUAUUGUGUAGGUUCGUUAUAGUUAUUCUGUGAAAAAAACUAUCCUGUUAAAUUAAUUCUGCAGAAAUAAGGCUUCAAAGUGGGUCAAUUGAAAGCUCUUCCUGACCUGAACAUGACCAAAUGCUUAAUCUGUUUGUAGGUUAAAAACAUUUUCUCCUGUCCUGGCGUAACAAAUGUUUGGUAUGUUGAUAGUAUGUGUAUGCCGAUAGACAGGAUGUGUCCUCUCUAACUUGGCAGAGACAUUUUGUCUAUAUAUUAAAGGCCCAGUUGUAGAAGCUUAAAGGUGCACUCCGGUAGUGAUGUGCGGGUCAGCUGUUUUAUUCACCCGCCCGCAAUUGCUAAUAACCCAUCUGCAACCACCCAACUAUAUGUGAAAAUGCAAUAAGAUUUUCUGUGCAAAAUGUACACGUGACAUCAGUUUGACAGGAAUUAAAGCUGUGAAAAUGACCUAA